CCGCACCGAACCCGGCAGCUGCUCGUUUACUGGACCGGGACCGGUGUGUUGACCCGUGCGAGCCGUGGACGCGGUCCAGCGGCUGCUCCGUGCUAACUGUGCUAACUCCGCCGUGCUAACUAAACCCGGUCCAAUCCUGGUCCCUGUCGCUCCUGGACCGGGUCCUCCGCGGCCCCCUGUCGCUGCGGCUGGGGUCUGAGUUCAGACGGAGCCGGACUGAAGCGGAUCAGCGGCCUGAGUGUGGACCUGGUCCCGCGGGGACGGAACCUUGUUAUGAUUCAUGUUGACGCAGUGAUCCGGAUCCGUCUGGACUCGGGUCUCAAGGUUCUGAUCAAUCAGGACUGAUCAAUAAUCCAGCCUGUCUCAGGGGACGGUCUCUGCAGGUCAAAGGUCAUGGCUCUGAUCUCUCUGGAAGAUCUCGAUGGAUUGGACGACGAGCAGCUGGAAGAUGACAUCACUGACAACCCCGAGCCAAUGGAUGAAGAGGAAAGAGGCCGGCUGCUGGCCCAUUGGCAGGCUGUCGCCAGCACCCACCAGGUGUCUGUACCUCCAGACAUGACCGGACCAAUACAGGAAAUGACACGUAACAGCCAGCAGAGGGAGCCCCUCCCCUUCACCUCCAUAUCCCGCCUGGAGAAGAUGGGGGAGGAGCUAUACGAGGAGCGGGUGUAUCCUGCGGGACACUGGGCGUGUGUGACCAGGGGGGAGGAGCUCUACGAGCAGAGCAUCUCCAACGCCUUCAUGAAACUGAUGCGCUUCAUCUGUAAAGAGAACUCUGCAGGUCGAUACCUGGGGAUGACGGUGCCCGUGAUCAGUAACAUCCAGAUGAAGGACGGAACCACGUUUGACAAAAACGUCCAAACAUCGUUCUUCCUGCCCGCGGAGUUUCAGGGCGACGCCCCCCGACCCUGCGACCCGGACAUCGCCAUUGUCUACAGAGAGCCAAUCAGAGUCGUCGCCAGGACAUUCUUCGGGACGACCACGGAGGAGACGGUGGCCCAUCAGAUCGCUCUGCUGUGGGAGAUCCUCGGCAUCACCGACGAGCUUCGCAGAGACGAGUACAUGGUCGCCGUGUACGAGAACCCGGGCAUCUCCCACCGCAGGAACGAGAUCUGGUUCAUCCGACGCCACCUGUAGAUGCCUUACCAUCAUCCUCUGCUCCCUCCCCUCACCCUCUGAUUGGCUGCUUUGUUGUGUACACGCUUCCCAUUAUUCAAACCUUCAUUUAACCAGGAGUAAAAAAAAUCUCUUACAAUAAGAGUUAGUUUUAGUUUUUCUGUCAGAUGGACCAACCAGAGCGGGGUUAUGAUAAUGAGCAGGUCCUGACACUAAACCCCGCCCCUCACUCCCUCCUGACCAAUAGCCCACUGGUUGAUAAUGUGUUGUUCAGUUUAAUAAGAAUCUUUCACUUUGACCAAUAAAACUCAAACAGGAAGUCUGACAUCACGAGGAAGCAGGAAGUCUUUAAAGGGUCGAACCUUCAGCCUGGUUCUGAUGGACUUCAUCCGUCUGAGGAACCAUGUGCACACCUGACUGGGGCCCGGGUCCUGAUCCAGGGACGAAAGAGUGAAUGUUCUGAAGUUCGCUCCUUGUGUUUUAUGAUCAGAUGAUAAAGUUUCAGUUUGAUGUGAAGUUGUUUUGUGAUUUUCUGUCAAACUGUUUUUCUUGUUUGUGUAAAAUAAAAUCUGAAGUAAAAGUUUGA